AUGGUGUCGAUGAUGAUGUGGUACCCGUGGGCGUUCAUGCGUUUGUGGUCGAAGCCAUUGUACAGAUGUCUGCUCUAUGCCAUUCGUGGUCCUGCCACUGGUGCUGUCCUGAGCAGUAGUUUCUGGAGCGGUGUUCGGGUAGGUAUUGGCCACAGCUUCCUUGAUGAAGGUGUCCGGGUUGGUUGUCUGCUUGGCAGGGUAACCCGUGAGGGGACGAUUCUCGCCCUUGUUUUGGAAUGGAUUCUUCUUGGAGUGCUCGCAGCGAUGGUAGAGGUUGGUUUAGACGAUGGACUUGUGGCCAAGGCAUCUGAAUGUAUGAUGUGA